AUGCAGUACAGAUUGUUCGAGGACGAGGCGCACAAUGUCGUCGAAAUACGAACCGAAGCCCUGCAAACCCUCCGCGAACUCGGUCCGCCCGAUCUUGUCCACCUGACGAAAGCUUCCCCGAAAUCAUCCUCCGCCUCGAAACAGAUUGGAGUGUACCAUCAUGUCACUGGCGUCGAUGCUUCGUCGCUGGCAAGCUUGGCCGCAUACAUCAACACCUUGACCUACGCUCCGAGCAAUACGCCAAACAAGAUCGCUGCGGGAACAUACUGCUGCUACAAUGCCUUUUCCAGAGUGGAUAUGCGCGUGCAGGUGCAGAUACCGGGCACUGUCGAGAGCUAUUGCGUGGACGAGAGAGGGAACAAGCUGGAAGCAACGGAAGAGCAUUGGUUGGAGACAUAUCUAUGCAGUGUGCUCAGAGCAUACUCAUAUGCAGACACUGGCUCGGGCGACGUGAUCAAGCGCAUCAUCGGAGUGCGACGCUUCAAUCCAGUGCAGAGCACAGAGCAAGAGCAGAGAUUCCUGGAUGCUGCCGAGAAGCUGUUCUUCAGUGGAUGGCAAUUGGGCUCCGACCCCGAGAUCCAGGUGCCAAAUCUGGUCUCCAACCAUUUGACCUCCGGCCUACUGCAUUAUUUCAAGACCACUGGACGAUUUGCCGCCGGCAUCAAUCUUUUCGAAAAGCUGAGGAUGCGAGAUCCUGAAAUCUCGUCGCUUCUCGCCAAAGUCUACAUUGCAGCGGACGAGGAGGUCAAGGCUGUGCAGCUGCUUCAUGACGCCGUACAAGACCUACCCAUGGACUAUUCCAUAUUGGACACGCAAGCAGAGUUUUGCAACAAAAAAGGACGAGGUGACCUGGCACUUGAGAUCGCGAAACGAGGUGUCGUAUCUGCGCCGAGUGAGUUCUGCACCUGGGCGCGCUUGGCAGAGGUGUACGUUGGCAUGGAGCAGUGGGACAUGGCACUCUUGACGCUCAACUCAUGUCCGAUGUUCACAUACCAGGACAAAGAUGCCCCACGACUGCCUGAACCGGCGAGAAUCUCCCUCCCGCUGGCGCCAGAGACGAUGUGCGAUGAGAUCGAUGAUGCGGGCGCCACACCAGAUGCCGACGUUGUGCAUCCGACCUUGCGCAGACUGUCGGCUGGCAACUAUAAGGGCACUUUCCUCAAAGCUUACAUCCUCCUCACCGAGAUAACAAAGAAGAUAGGGUGGGAUCAGCUUCUCAAGAUUCGAAGUCAGGUCUUUGUCAUGGAGGAGGAGUAUCGCCAAGAGAAGCAAGCUGUGCCGGCUGGCUCUAGGAAUGCCAGCACGGUGGCACUGCGAGGAAACGAUACUCCACAGCCGAAUGGACACAAACAGCCACAAGAAGCACCAUCCGAGCCGGAUACCGACGACAUGAUCAAUGGUGAUGGCGAACCCACAGCAGCAUCAUCGCAUCUUGACCCAGACGUAUCGAAACCGUCAUCAUCGAUCACAGUGCGCUCCGAUGCAGAGACACCACAACCCCAGCCACCUGUCCCCGGCUCCUCGAAUCAGGCAUAUACCCAAUUCCAGCACAAGAGGCUCUGCGAAAGAUGGCUCGAUAAUCUUUUCAUGGUUCUGUACGAGGACCUUCGUAUCUACACCAUAUGGCGCACCGAAGCUUCGCAGUACAAACAACAACAAUUGGCCUACAAGAAGAACGCCGAAGAGUGGGAAAUCUUGGGUGAUCUGGCCGAGCGGUUGCAUCAUCCGGAUGAAGCAGUGGAGGCGUGGCAGGCGUGCUUGAGCAUGCGAUUCAGCCCGAAAGCUAUGCGUGGAGUCCUGAAUCUGUAUGAGAAGCAGAAUGAUUGCAGAGGAAUGCUUGGUGCUCUGAUCAGACUGAUCGCAUGGCAGUACAGGUGGUAUUCGGAGUUCUCACCCGAUCUUCUCUACACCAUCCGCAAACUCAUCGAAGAGGAAGGCGCAGUCAAGGUCCGAAGCAUCGUGCAGGCAACAAGUCUUCCGCAGCCAAUCCUGGACUUGACACAUCAGUACGCCGCUCUUUGUGCCGCCUUCAAGAGCAGUGGGAGCGAUGGUUAG